AUGUCAAAUUCCUCGAGUUUUCAGGAAGCUAUCCCGGGGCCAAAUGAAGCUGGUGUGGAUUCGGUAUCGUUGACCAACUUGGAUUCAACAGAGCACAUCUCAUCUACUAUCAUAUAUUCCAAUCAAAAUGUGACGACUGACAUUCACACAUCCUCAUAUGGCCAUCAUGGUAGUGCAGCAGCAGAACCACAAAUAGCGGAUGCACCGGGAUUGGAGGUAGAUUCUGUACAGUCUUCAAAUAAUAGUGAUGUAGAUUCCACCAUGGGUGAUUCAUUCAUAAGUUCUACAGCUUCUAUACGAGAAAGUGUGUACGAAUAUAUAGAGGAAAAUGGCCGGACAUAUCACGCAUAUAAUUCGGGAAAGUAUAUUCUACCUAAUGAUGAUGCCGAACAAGAGAGAUUGAAUCUGCAACAUCACUUGUUCUCUUUGUUGUUUGAUGGAGUAUUGCAUCUUGCUCCUCUUCCCUCUGAGCUCCACAAUGUUUUAGAUAUUGGGACUGGAACUGGCUUAUGGGCAACAGAGUUUGCCCAGAAGUAUCCUUUAGCUCAAGUAAUCGGCACAGAUCUCAGUCCAAUUCAACCGAUCUAUGUACCUCCAAACUGUAGAUUUGAGGUAAACGACGCAGAAGAACCCUGGAACUACUCUCAAAAAUUCGACUACAUCCACGGCCGUGCCAUGGUCUGUUGUUUCAGUAAUCCCGCCGGCGUAAUAAGUUCUGCCUACGACUCCCUUCGUCCCGGCGGUUACUUUGAGAUGCAAGACCCCCAGAUGCCUAUAGUAAGCAUUGACUCUUCGAUAAAUGGCACCUCUCUUGAAGAAUGGGUUCGAGUAUCAUGCCUUGCCGCCGAGCGUCGCGGGCGUAAAGUAACAAAUUCAAGACACUAUGGAAAAUGGAUGGCCGAGGCCGGGUUCGUGGAUAUCGUUGAGAAACAUUUCUUUUGGCCGUGUAAUCCGUGGGUGGGCGAAGAGAAAGAAAAGCUGCUAGCAAUGUGGACGCAGCAGAAUUUGUUGGAUGGUAUUGAAGGGAUGACGAUGAGGAAUUUGACGGCGGGGCUGGGGUGGACUCCCGAACAGGUGGAAAAGUUGUUGGUGGGUGUCAGGAAGGAUCUCCAAAAUAAGAGGAUUAAUCUCUAUGUUGAUGUGGUCGUCUUUUAUGGAAGGAAACCAGGACCGUUGGGGCUGCAAAACGGGGAGGAUUCCGAUUGA